CCUUAUUUUGAGAUUCGUUUUCGAUCGAAAGUUAUUCGAAUUCGAGAAGAUUUUAUUUUGAGAUUCGAUCGAUUCGAAAGUUUGCUGAUUCAAUCGAAAGUUCAUUUUUUUUAAAAAAAACUAAGUAAACUUUGACUUUCGAGUGAUUCGAAACAAAUGUCAUUUUUGUGUCGUUCAGAUAUUUUCUGGUGAAUAGCUGAAGAAAGAUGUAAGUUUUAACAAUUUUUAUACGAUAAUUAAACGAAAUUGGUUAUAUUGACGAUUUUUUUUUGUUAUUUCAUAAAGGGCACAGUCACAUUCCAAUUGGACAAAUAGGGAGCAAAAAGAAAUCCUGAUAAGGUUGAUGGAGGAGAAUCCGGAGGUAGCGAAGGGUUUUUCUGUAAACCGUAUAGACGUUGACCGGUUUUGGAGAGAUGCUGCCGUGAAGCUCAAUAGCCAUGGGCCUCCAUCUAAAGACGGUGCUACAUGGAAAAAGGUCUGGGCUGAUUUCAAAAAUAAAACUAAAAAAAAAUUAGUUGAAAACGAAACAAAAAGGAAACAGUCCGGUUUCAACGAUAAUAAUUUAAUUCCAUUAUCAGAAUUUGAAGAAGCUAUAGUUAGAAUUACCUCGCUAAGCCAGUCUGUGAGUGGAAUUAAGGCCAAGGUAUUUGGAGUAAAUCAAACUCGUAUUGAGGAGCCUGAUGUGGCAGAAACGGCAUCAACAUCAAACAAUAACAUUUCAAUGACCUCCAUUAAUGAAGAUGAAGAACAUUUGGUGGAGAAACAGCGAUCUCAACGAACAAAGAACGACACUCCGGUUCAACUGCUUCAAAAGCAAAACGAGGUCUUUGAAAAGUUUUUUGCUGAUUUGUGUUCUAAGCUGGACGACAUGAAAUACGAGUUCCAUCGUAUAAAUAGAAAUCUGCAGAGGACCGAAGACAGACAAAAACAAAUAUACGAAGAAAAUCGUCGACACAAUCUCGCCCUGGAAAACAUAAUGCUGCAGAAAUUAGAGUUGAAGAAAAAACUCAUAGAGAUGGAACUUGAAAAACUCACCGAAAAACUCGUCGAUGCAUAG